AUGGCUGUCGCCGCCGCCUCUUCGGCCAUGAAGCGGCUGGACCUGCGCGACCCCGCGGCGCUCUUCGAGACCCAUGGGGCGGAGGAGAUCCGCGGCCUGGAGCGCCAAGUUCGGGCGGAGAUCGAGCACAAGAAGGAGGAGCUGCGGCAGAUGGUGGGCGAGCGGUACCGCGACCUGAUCGAGGCGGCCGACACCAUCGGCCAGAUGCGCCGCUGCGCCGAGGGCCUGGUGGACGCCGUGCGGGCCACUGACCAGUACUGCGCGCGCCUCCGCCAGGCUGACCCCGCCGCGCUCCGGCCGCCGCCAGCCCGGGAGCCGCCGCCGGCCCAGGAGAAGUUCUACAGCAUGGCUGCCCAGAUCAAGCUCCUGCUCGAGAUCCCGGAGAAGAUGUGGAGCGCGAUGGAGGCCUCGCAGUACCUGCACGCCACGCAGCUCUGCCUGCUGUGCUGUCACCUCCACGGGCUGCUCCAGCUGAGCUCCUCCCGGGCCCAGCACAGCCCCGUCCUCUCCCGCUUCCCCAUCCUCAUCCAGCAGGUGGCAGCGGCCAGCCACUUCCGGUCGGCCAUCCUGCACGAAAGCAAGAUGCUGCUCAAAUGCCAGGCUGUGCCUGACCAAGCUGUGGCCGAGGCCCUCUGCUCCAUCAUGCUCUUGGAAGAGAGUUCUCCUCGCCAAGCCCUGACGGACUUCCUGCUGGCCAGAAAGGCGGCCAUCCAGAAGCUCCUCAACCAGCCGCCCCACGACGGAGGAGCCAAAGCUCAGAUCUGCUCGCUAGUCGAGCUGAUGGCCACCACCCUGAACCAGGCACACGCCCUCUUCUACUCUCUGCCGGAAGGUCAGCUGCCAGACCCGUCUCUUCCCUGCGGCUUGCUGUUCUCCACCCUGGAGACCAUCACAGGCCAGAGUUCUAGCGGAAAGGGCAUCGCUGUCCUGCAGGAGGGCAUGAAGCUCUGCAGCUGGUUCAGAUACCUGCCACCAUCCAUCAUUGAGUUCCAGCCAACCCUCCGGACGCCCGCGCAUCCCAUCAGCCAGGAGUUCCUCAAGGACACGCUGCAGAAAUGGAUCCACAUGUGCAGUGAAGACAUCAGACAUGGGCUUGCCAACCUGCUUGAAUUGGUGAAGAACAUGAAAGGCCUCGCCGAGGUCCGGGACGCCAUGUGGGGUCUGCUGAGCAGUGAGGCCACCAGCCACAGCUGGGAUGUGGUGUGCCAGCGGCUUCUGGAGAAGCCCUUCUUGUUCUGGGAGGACCUGAUGCAGCAGCUGUUCCUGGACCGCCUGCAGACUCUGAUGAAAGGGGGCUUCGACACCAUCUCCAGUAGCUCCGAAGAGCUCCUGGUCUCCGCUUUGCAGGAGCUUGAGUCCAGCUCUGGCGGCUCUGCCCCAAACAAGCACAUCCACUUUGAGCACAACAUGUCCCUCUUCCUCUGGACGGAGAGUCCCAGUGACCUGCCUCCUGACGCCGCCUGGGUCAACGUGGCAAACCGUGCUGAGUUUGCCAGCAGCGGCCUGGCCAGGAAAGCCCACAACAUUAGUCCCUGUGUGCAGAGCUUCUGUUCUGCCCUGGACUCUAAGCUGAAGAGCCAGCUGGACGACCUCCUGGCUUACCUGCCCCCUGAGGAGGCCUCGCUGCCCAAGGACGCCUCCCCCCGCAUCUCCGCCUUUGACAGGUACUCGGACGCGGGGACAGUGCAGCAGAUGCUGCAGACUCACGCCAUGGCCUGCGUUCAGCAGAUCACGGCCUGUGUCCACGGCGAGCUGCAGCGCGUGGAGAACCUGCCCGGGGCACCCGAGGGCCCUGCCCACGGCGGGCUGCACGCUGUCCUCUUCCUGGCCCGCCUCUGCCAGUCCCUCGCUGACCUGUGUCCCCACCUGAAGCAGUGCAUCUUGGGGAAGUCGGGGAGCGCAGAGAAGCCAGCCCGGGAGCUGAGGGCUCUGAAGAAGCUAGGCAAGGGCAGUGCCCCAGACGCAGCGCCCGUGCAGAGCAGGUGGCAGGACGCCCGCGCACUCCUCCUGCAGCAGAGCGUGGCCGCCUACCGCGUCUGGAGCUCCGCGCUGGUGAAGGUUUUGGUCCAUGAACUGGCCCAGUCGUUACUGCUGGACGAUGCUGCCUCGGUCUUGGCCACGGCCACCAGCUGGGAGGAGCUGGAAAUCCAGGAGGAGACGGAGUCGGGCAGCAGCGUUACCUCCAAGAUCCGACUCCCUGUGCAGCCUUCCUGGUACGUACAGUCCUUCCUGUUCAGCCUGUGUCAGGAGAUCAACCGAGUGGGAGGCCACACCCUGCCAAAGGUGACGCUGCAGGAGACGCUGAGGAACUGUAUGCUUCAAAUAAUAGCUGCCUACGAGAAACUCGCAGAAGAAAACCAAGCCAAGAGAGAAGGCGCCUUUCCAGUCACCCAGAACCAGGCUCUGCAGCUGCUGUACGACGUGCGCUAUCUCAGCAUCGUGCUGACCAGCAGGAGUGAGGAGGCCAAAGGUGGACGGAGCAGACCGCUCUGCAGAACCGAGAAGGUGACCGAGUACCUGGAGGCGCUCAUUGACCCCUUCGACCUGGACGUGUUCACGCCGCACCUCAAUAACAACCUCAGCCGCCUGGUGCAGCGCACCUCCGUUCUGUUUGGACUGGUUACUGGGACAGAGAAUCAGUUCACCCCAAGGAGCAGUACAUUCAACUCCCAGGAAGCCCACAACAUCCUGCCGCUGGCCGCAAGUCAGAUCAGGUUUGGACUUCUUCCCCUGAGCAUGACGAGCACUCGGAAGGCCAAGCUCACCAGCAGAAGUGCCGAAACAAAAGCCCAGGUCGUCCCCCCGACGCGCUCCAGGGCAGAUGACCCGAUGUACCCAGGCUCCUUGUUCAGACAGCUCGUCAGUGAGGAGGGGGACACGGCUGCACCGUCACUGUUCAAGCUCACCUGGCUCUCGAGUAUGACCAAGUAG